GAAAGCCCGCUCGGCCCAAAGGCAUCUCCAAUCUCAUCGCCAACCCUCUCUCAUCUCUCUGUCCCUUCCUUGGCCACAUAAAAUUAACCGUCGUCACCGGAGCUCCGAUCCUCGCCAUUCGACAACAUGUCUCUUUCCGAUGAUGAAGACGAGUGCUUCGCCCGCUUCCUCGAAUCAGAAGUCUCCUCCGUUGAGGACGAAGAUAAAACGAAAGAACCUGAACCAAAACGACAACGUAUUGACAAGGACAAAGCAAAGGUUGUAGACAAGGAUGGAGAUCAGAAGGAAGAUGGUAGCAACAGAGAUAGAAAUGUUGUAAAGAGAAUAGAGAGUGGAGUUUUCAGCAAAGUUCCUACAGAGCUGUUUCGUCAUAUCUUCAAGUUCUUAUCCUCUGAGGUGGAUCUUCUAUCAUGCUCUUUAGUGUGUAAAUUUCUCAACUUUGCUGCCUCUGAUGAAUCCUUAUGGCGUCGCCUAUACUGUAUCCGGUGGGGUCUAAUGCCUUCAACUAGAAUGUUACGUGAGUGUGCUUGGAAGAAGCUUUAUAUCGAUCGUGACGAGAAGGACAUGAUUGAACUUGUCAGAAGCUGUCCGACGGAUUUCAAAGAGUAUUACAUUCAAAUGCAAGCAGCUAAGCGAAGCCAAGCACCUCUUGUGGCCCAGAUGGUGGAUGACCAGAUAGUUCUUGACAAAACUGUACUUGACAAAGUAUCUAUGUGGAAGAAAAGCAAAGGACUUCCCGAUAAGGCUGUUGUUGGCCAUGUUUGUUUGGGAACAAAAUGUGAUUACCAUCAGAUCGACGACGUUUUCAUAUGCCAAGAGACUGGAAAUGUUCAUGUAUGUGAUGACAACUGCAAGGAAGUAAUAUUUUGUCGGGAGAGUGGGAACAUGGUGUGUACUAUCUCAGGGCUUUGUUCUGAAAGUUUGCUCGUACAAGAUGAUUCAGACGCAGAUGAGGAAGAAGCUGAACAAGAAGCUGAAGUAUUAACAGGAAGAGGCCGUUUUGGUCGAGCUUUUGAAUUUGGAUACAACUGCGAGAGUGAGCAGGAGUUAGAUCGCUCCUUUGGGUUCUGCUGAUCAAAAGUCUCAGACUUUUCGUUCAGUUUCAGAAUCUUUACUGUCUCAAUACCAAGUCUGCAUGUGUUCUUCACGGUAAAACAUCUGUGGAGUGCAAUGAAUCAAAAGUAGAUGAUGUUUUCUUUGUAGUCUUUAUGUUUCUUUGUAAUUUAUGCAGAUCUGUCUGUAAUUUGCUAUACAAUCGCCCUUACAAAAAUGUUUACAUGUAGUGAUUAAGUUCCAUCUUUCUCCAGUAUAUGAUGUUGGUAAUUA